ACACACACACACACACACACGCACUACAAUAUCGAUCAGUCCAGGAAAUGUGAGUACUUUUCCUCUCUUGGUAAGGUAACACAGAUGUCUCUCGUCACGGAACACCAUCGUCACGGCAACAACCCCUUCGGAAUCCUCGGCAAAUGGGGUCGCCACGACGACGGCGAGCAGAACGUGCUUGCCCUGAACAUUCUGUUGCUAGGCGGAAGGCAGAGUGGGAGGAGCUCUGUGGGCAAUGCUCUGAUUGGUGGUGAAGAAUUCAAAACCGGCACCUGUAUUUCUGGCGUUUCCAUGACGACGGAGCACCAGCUGCUACGCCGGAAUUUCCCACGGUAUUUCAGGAGAAAGGGGGCGGAGUCUGACCUCACGUUGAGAGUGUUGGACAUGCCCCCUUCGUUUCCCCGCCCUAAGAGCGUGCACGAGCUCUGCCCCGAGGGCGUGCACGUACUUGUGCUCGUCGUGAGAGCUGACAUGCAUGACAACACACACCUGGAGGAGCAUGUGGAGACUCUUUUCGGUCCAGAAUGGCGUCGUCACGCUUUGCUCGUUAUCACACACGCCGAUCACCUGAAGGAGGCGGGGCUUCAGCCGUCAGACUACCUAACGCAGACCACCGAUUGGCUGAGAGCUCUGGCUGCAAAGGUGGAAGGCGGAGUCUCGUUUGUGGAGAACAGCUGUGAUUGGCCGUCAGUCAGAGGACGACCGAUAAGAGACCGACUGCUAAACCUCUCAGCGAGGAACCAUCACUCAGCGCUGACCGUCCGGACGGAGGUCUCACUUUAAACUACAAACUAAUGUUUUUUUGCUUUUAAAAUGAUCUUGUUCCCGUCUAUUUGUCAAGUUAUGUGACUGUUGUGAACUUUGUUUGUAGAUUUACGCUAGUUGUGUACUCCUUGGUAUUGUUUCAUGCUCCUGUUUCUAUACAAGUACUGUUCAUUUGUUAAGAUUUGGUUGUCACAGAUCUUGUAUAGUCAAAAUUCAAUGGAAAACCCCAUUUUGGUGACAUCAGAAUUUCGUAAGACUGCGGCAUAUCAGGACCAUUUUCUACAUACAAUUACAAAAUACAUUUGUUUGUUUUUGGUUUUCUGGCGGUGAGUUUAGCACCUAAUCUUAACAACAAACUGGGAACCGAAAAAAGUCGUCAUGGCUUAUUCUCUUCUGGCCUUCCUUUCUUCUGGUAAAUAAAACACCCAAGGAAACAGAUGACUAGUUCAAAGUGUUUUAAUGAAUACACCUUUAUACAACUUUUGUGAGCUAACAGCACUAGCUACUUACUAGCUAAGUGGCUGUCAGCAGCAGAUUUUUAUUGUUUAAUUCUUGGCUUUUCACAAUAAAAGAACUCUGGUUCACA